GCACGCUAGCCCAUGGUAUCCGUUUUCCGCGACCUCUUUACCACAUCUCGCACACGAAUGCUGCUCCACGAUCUUAGCACCAAGCCACAGGCCAACAGAAAUGCGGAAAGUCUGAUCAUCCAGGAAGUUGCCGAAAACUUUCGCGGGAAGAGCAUUGAGCCAGGCUCCGGCGUAUUUUGUGCUAACUGCUCUCAUACGUGCUUCAGCUCGCUUAUUGCCGCCAACAUUAUUCCACAAAACAUCAACAUCCUUCUGUAUGACGGCAUUAUCCCAUACACACUGAUGAACACGAGCCAAAUCUAACGGUAACUCAUCACAUGCGGACUCCAGUUUCCAGUGUUCACACGCAUCGCUGACCAGCUGCUCGCUGCUGCCUUGAAAGAUCUGAGAUGUUAACUGACGAGUCGCAAACAUGGAAGCCAAAUUGGCAGAAGGAGCCAAUGCUUUCGCUCGUCGAACACCCAAACCCCCUUUGGCAACGGGUAGCGUAGCCUGCGUAUACACAAGUCCGUCCAGUUUGGUAUUGGUGAUUUCUUCCAAGGCUUCUUUAACAUGACCGUCAAACUCAUCCAGCAGCGCCGGCACUUUCCAACAUGGGCUGCAGCGCAGUGUAUACAUGAGCUUCGGAAUGGACAGGCAGUUCCGCAACAGAAGGUGAGUUAUAGCCUCAUCGGUUAAUGGUGCACCAAGAAACGUUACCGUUUCAGGCUGCAAAACAAUCGCACCGGGGGCAAUUGAGUGCAGCCUGUUCUUGGCCUAUGUUAUACCUGUCCUGGAGAGACAUAUAAGAAGACGGUCGGAUUUACCGUCUCUGAAGUGUCAGAGCAGCAUCGACUCUGGAAGGUCGUAUGGAAUGUACUUAUGCAGAAACUGAAAACGAAGCCUGCAUUCGUCACCUUGAGCAUACAAUUCUCAUCGAGAUAUUCGCUAAUUUGGACCUUCAGUCUCAAAUGAGGAUCAAACGGGUGUGCUUCUUGUGGAAUGCGAUAUUAAGCGAUGCUUCGACACAUAACGGUCACAUCACAAUCAACUUGGAAGGCUGUGCCUCCACGCACUGCUGUUACGAUGACUCGUACAAACUAGCCGCGCUGCUGCAGGGGGCAGUCCAUGCAGGAACCAAGAGCCUGACCAUAACUGGCCUGGAGAGCAGGAGGCCGAGUUACUUUCUAGGGCCGUGGCUGGACGCGGCCAGCAUCCGGCUGCCCGUGAUGGUUAUGCAAGACGCCAGCUUUCCUUUCAGUCACUGGACAUACGAUGAAUGUUCCUUGCUGAGACACGGCAUCAUUCGGCGCAUUCGGCCCUUCAAAGACCAUUGUCAGGCCUUGAUCAUAAACAACUGCACCUUUUCGGGGCUCUUCUGUCGAGCACUGUUUGACUUGCUUUAUGCGAGAGACAACAGUCUGGUGCAGCUGCCAGAAAGUGAGAAGCGAUGGAUGAUCUCCCGAGGAAGUCUGCUCGGAGGAGCACAGGGAAAUCUGCUGUCCAUUGAUAGCGCGCAGAUCACUCUUCGCCGGGUCAUCCUGCCCUUCGUCCAUGGAUGGGAACACGCCAUGAGCCGCUUUAUGUACGUCAUCAACGCCCACUUCCCGGCCGUCGGCGCCGAUGUGUACCGGAAAGUGCAGGCGAUCCACGCUCGUUGGGUGGCCACUCUCAGUUAUCCCGAUGAAUGGCUGCGCAUCCGUCAUCUGUUGUCCAUAUUCAGCGGUUUCCAAGCGGACGGGACGCCGCUAGCGUGGGGCGAGGUUGACCUGCGGGAGCUGGCCGUCGGCCAACUGAGCACGAUGGCCCUGUUGGCCCUCAGCGAGGCUUUUCUGCUGUGAAGUACAGUACGCAUGCGUUGAGCAGCGGAAGGAAAUCACGGCAUGUUGGUGAAUACCGACAAAUUAAUUCCCCGGAUACUUCCGCAGAUAAUUCGUCACACUAAUACCGGACCCACAGCGCAAGGAUGGCGCAGCGGCUCUGCCAGUUGUACAGUUAGGCAUUCCAUUGAAUGCCGAGCAGCAGCCGCAGCAUUGCGGACCGUCUAAUUGGCCUGGAUAUGCAAGUCCUUCCUGUCUGCCCAUUCUGACGCACGUGCCCUGCGUCCUUCAGCGCCCUCAGCCGGCUAGCUUUAUAUACUUACUUGGUCUCUAACAUGGCAUUAAUUUGCUUUGCACGUGAUAGCAAUCAGCGAUUACGUACUAUUUCAAACUGUCAUACUCGAAAAUUUAAUAUCGAAACAAGUGCCAGUCCGCGCAACCAAGCGCAAAAGGCACACACGUAAGGAUUUAACAUACUUCUAUGCAUAUGAUGCGAAUGACAGCAGUAAACAGUAAAUUGCCUGCAUUAGCAU